AUGACAGAAGAAGGGGUGGAUUUUGAUAUAGAGGAUGUGUUAAAUCCGGAAGAUGAGAAUUACCAAAUAGGGUAUAGACAAGGCCAGCAACAAUCGGCAAGACAGCAAUAUCUUGAAGGUAAACAGUAUGGUUAUCAGACGGGAUUUCAACGAUUUUUGAUCGUUGGUUAUAUUCAAGAGCUCAUACUUGACUGGGAAAACAACUGUUCCAACUAUUCCAAUUGGGCUCAGUUGUCGCUGCACUUGGGUCAACUUAGAGAGUUGGUGUUUGGUCUUUCACUAACUAAUGGACAACGAGAAGUUGAAGAUUUCGAGAAGAAGUUAAAGUUGGCAAGAAACAAAUUGAGAGUAAUUGUGUCAUUGACGAAGGAGUCCUGGAAGAUUAAUCGAUUGGAUGAAUUAGUCAAGGAAGUUGCUGGGGAAUUACAAGUUGGCGAAAGAAACGCUACCAAAGGUUAUUCCACAGGGCCCAUUUUUUGCAAAGCUGAUACAAUGGAUGACGAUUUGAGCACUUUAGAGAUUGGUGAUAAUCUCUACAAACGUCAAAAGCGUAUACUUACGUUUUUAUUCAGAAACAAACAAUAUCCAAUCCCAGAAGAACUAAAGAGAAUUCCAUAUCCUGAAAAAUCAAGUAAUAUAAUAUCAAGAGUAUUCUUCUGGUGGGUAUCACCUUUAUUGAUAGUCGGCUAUGUGCGUACGUUACAGGCAAACGAUCUAUGGGAAUUGACUCCCGAGAUGAGAGUCGAAUAUCAGUAUGAGGUCUUUGAGUCGUACAUGCAGAUAGAAAUGAGACAAAGGCAAUUGGACCACAUUAAAAAGAAAUGCAAAGAAAGAAAUGAAACUAUAGAAAACAUCGUGGUUCCUCAAGCUAAAGAUUUGGAAGAUUUCCAAUUACCUGCAUUGAGUAUCUUGCUUGUAUUGUUUCUCACUAUGAAACGACAAAUUAUCGUUAGUUUGCUCAUGUCUGUUUUGUCACUUGCUGGAAUGGCCUUGACUCCAUUGUUAACUAAGAAAUUGAUCAGUUUUGUUGAGGAGAGAGCUUUGGGUGUGGCUGCAUCACUCGGUACAGGCGUUGGUUAUGCAAUCGGCGUUGUAGUAUUGAUGUUGGUAUCUAACAUCUUAUUCAAUCAUUUCUUUUAUCACAGUGGAAUCAUGGGUGCUCAAGCCAAGGCAUUAUUGACUAAAGCAAUUAUGAAUAAGUCUUUCAAGUUGGAUGCAAAAUCAAGACAUAAAUUUACUCCAGCUAAGAUUACUAGUUUGAUUACAACAGAUUUGUCAAGAGUCGAAAUUGGUUAUUUGUAUCAGCCAUUGUUGAUUUGUCUUCCAAUACCAAUUGUAAUUGCCAUUGUUAUAUUAAUCAUAAACAUUCGUGUUUCAGCAGUUAUUGGUAUCGUAAUCUUUAUAAUCUUUUUAGGAUUCAUAUCUAUUGGUGCAUCGAAAUUAUUCAGUUAUAGAGACGUGGUUAGUAAGAUUACCGAUGAAAGAGUCAACUUGAUGAAGGAAAUACUUAACAAUUUGAAAAUGAUUAAAUAUUAUUCAUGGGAGCAUCCCUAUCACAAGAACGUCACUGAAGUAAGAGGUCGAGAAGUUGAUAUGGUUUUAAAGAUACAAACUUGGAGAAACGUAAUAUUCUCCUUAGCCAUGACAUUAACUGGUAUCUGUUCUAUGUUCUCGUUUAUCAUAUUGUAUGCAAUUGAUGGUAAAACGAGCUCUCCAGCAAAUAUGUUCUCCUCGGUCUCGACAUUUGAGAUCUUGGGUUUGAUGGUGUUUUUUAUUCCAGUGGCUUUGUCAACCACCGCAGAUAUGAUCAUGGCAUUUAGAAGAACUGGUGCCUUGUUAUCUGCUAGUGAGGUGGAAGCAUACCCUGGCUAUAAAGUGAGUGAUGAUCAUAACAAUGAUAAAGCAGUGGUUCUAAGAAAUGCUUCCUUUAGCUGGGAGGUUUUUGAUGAUGACGAGGAUGAGGAAGAACAACUUUCGAGGGAGGAGGUGAAAAAGAAGAAGAAAGCCGAAAAGAAGGAGAAGAAAGAAGCCAAAAAGAUGUUGAAAAUGGACAAGAAGAAGAAGAAGUUGGACAAUACAGUAGAAAUGGAAAUUUUUCAAAAGACGACUUCAAAAAAACCAGAAAGCAAAGGUUUGGCGAAAGAUGGUGAUGAUGGUGAUGAUGAUGAUGAUGAUGAGAAGGUAGAUUUUACUGGAUUUAAGAAUCUUAAUCUACAAAUACAAAAAGGUGAAUUUAUUGUUGUUACCGGAACCGUUGGCUCAGGAAAAUCUUCUUUAUUGAGUGCUAUUGCAGGAUUUAUGAAGUGCGACGACGGAGAAGUUGACAUCAAUGGGCAACUUUUACUUUGUGGAGAACCAUGGAUACAAAAUAAUACCAUUCGUGAAAACAUUACUUUUGGCUCUCCCUUUAGUCAAGAACUCUACGAUGAUGUUAUUUAUUCGUGUGCCUUGAAUGUUGAUAUAGAUCACUUGGAAGGAGGUGACUAUACUGAAGUUGGUGAAAAGGGAAUAACUUUAUCUGGAGGGCAAAAGGCUAGAAUUCAUUUAGCUAGAGCUGUGUAUGCUCAAAAGGAAAUCUUAUUAAUGGAUGAUGUAUUGAGUGCUGUUGAUGCACGUGUAGGCAAACAUAUCUUAAACAAUUGUUUUUUAGGAUUAUUGAAGCAUAAAACUAGGAUUUUGGCGACGCAUCAAUUAUCAUUGAUUGGGCAAGCCGAUAGGAUUGUUUUUUUGAAUGGUAAUGGAUCAAUCGAUGUGGGUAAGAUGGAUGAAUUGUUAGUGGAGAACAGUGACUUUAACAAGCUUAUGCAAUUCAACAAAUUUGAAGCAACUGAUGAAGAGGAAGAAGAAGAGGAAGAGAAAAAGAAGGAGGAGGAGGAAGAACAAGAGGAGAAGGAGAAGGAAAAGGAAAAGGAAAAGGAAAAGGAAAAGGAAAAGGAAAAGGAAAAGCGACAGCUGGAACUUUCAGCUGAUGAAUCAGAUGUGGGUACUAUUGGCGUUGCAGACCUUGUUCCUCAAUACAUUCAUACUUUGAAAAUAGACAGCAAUCAAGAAUUGACUAGAAGAAGAGUUGGUACAGAGAUUGGGAUUGAGGAUACCGAGUACAAGGACUAUAACUUGAACAAAGAUGCGUCAAAGGGUAAACUUAUUGUUGAAGAAGAAAGAGCAGUCAAUAGUUUGAAGUUUGAAGUUUACAAAAACUACCUCAAGUUUGGUGCAGGGAAAUACGGCCCAUUUGCAUUCCUUGGUGUAUUUCUUGUAUUGUUGACUUUGUCUACAUUUAGCGACAUCUUUACAAACACUUGGUUAUCCUUUUGGAUUCAAGGGAAAUUUCCAGGUCGAUCCGCAGGAUUCUAUAUUGGCCUUUACGUCUUGUUUAACGUUCUUUGGGUCAUUUUUCUAACAGUUACCUUUAUUGUUUUUAUUACAGGGACCACGCUAUCAUCCAAACACAUGAAUUUAUUGGCGAUUAAUAGAAUUUUGUAUUCACCGAUGUCAUUCAUGGAUACCACCCCGAUGGGUCGUAUUUUGAAUAGAUUCACUAAGGAUACAGAUGCCUUAGACAAUGAGAUAAGUGAAAAUUUAAGACUUCUUUUCCAAUCGGGUGCCAAAAUGAUUGGUGUGUUUAUCCUACUCAUCAUUUACUUGCCGUAUUUUGCUUGUGCAUUACCUGCUAUUUUUUUAUUGUUUUUCUUGAUAGCCAACUUCUAUCAAGCAUCGAAUAGGGAAGCUAAGAGGUUGGAAGCCAUUUUGAGAUCAUUUGUUUACAACAAUGUUAAUGAGAUGUUGAGUGGUAUGAGCACAAUCAAGGCAUUCAUGAAUGAAUCUCGAUUUGAUAAACGGGGAGAUUUGUUAUUGGACAAGACAAAUGAGGCCACCUUUAUUAUUAAUGCUAAUCAAAGAUGGUUAGGAAUCCAGUUGGACUUGUUGGCAAAUGUUAUUUUCUUACUCAUUGCUUUGCUUUGUGUAAAUAGGGUGUUUCACAUUUCUGCCGCAUCAGUUGGAUUAUUAAUGACUUAUUCUAUGCAGAUCACUGGUGAAUUGAAUAAUUUAAUGAGAGCGUUCACCAUGGCUGAGAAUGACAUGAAUUCAGCAGAGAGGAUAUGUCAUUAUGCAUUGAAAUUAGAUCAAGAAGCGCCGUAUGUUAAAGAGUCUACUAAGCCUCCUGAUAGCUGGCCUGAGAAUGGAGCCGUUGAGUUCGUUGAUGUGAAUAUGAAAUAUAGACGGGGUUUACCUUUAGUGCUCAAGGAUUUAUCGUUCAGAGUCAAUCCAAGAGAAAAGAUUGGAAUUUGUGGUCGUACUGGUGCCGGUAAGUCCUCAAUAAUGACUGCCUUGUUUAGAUUAGCCGAAUUAGAUGGCGGGAAAAUAUUGAUUGACAAUGUGGAUAUAUCUACUAUUGGAUUGAAAGACUUGAGACUGCAUUUAUCUAUUAUUCCACAAGACCCCGUGCUUUUCAACGGUAACAUUAGAUCUAAUUUGGAUCCAUUCAGCGAACAAACUGAUGACAUUCUAUGGACGUCUUUGAGAAGAGCUGGCAUUUUGACUGCUGAGGAAAUUGAAAAUGCUAAAUCUAUAGAUCCUAAGAAUAGUGAAGGUAUUGAGUUACCCAAAUUCCAUCUAUAUCAACAAGUCACAGAUGAAGGCGGGAAUUUUUCACUUGGUGAACGACAGCUUAUUUCAUUUGCUCGUGCACUCGUACGUAACUCCAAAAUGAUCAUCCUUGAUGAAGCUACCUCUUCCGUGGACUACGAAACAGAUGCCAAGAUCCAGACCACUAUUGCGUCCGAGUUUAACAAGUGUACCAUAUUGUGUAUCGCUCAUCGAUUAAAAACUAUUUUGAAUUAUGAUAGGAUUUUAGUAAUGGAAGGAGGUACUUUGAAAGAAUUUGAUACGCCUUGGAAUUUAUUUAACGGUGUCAAUGGUGCUGCUGUGUUUAGAGAAAUGUGUGAUAAGUCCAAUAUCGUACAAGAAGAUUUCAAGAAUAGAAUAGUUUAG